UGCUCGGAGUAGCCUCUGCCUUGGAACCCGCCAGCGCUCCGAGCCUCGCCCGCGCUUCUCGCCGACCCCUCGGGCCCCCGCAGCCCGGGAAGAACGCCACUCCGGGCCGGGCGCCAGCUCCGCAAGGCGGACCUGCAACCCGGAAAGGCGGCGCGGCGGAGCCCGGAGCCGGAUCCUGCUCGGACCUGGCCCCCGUGGGCCGGCACCGCGGGCAUGUCGGAGGCGCGCAAGGGGCCGGACGAGACGGAUGAGAGCCAGUACGACUCGGGCAUCGAGUCUCUGCGUUCUCUGCGCUCCCUGCCCGAGCCCACCCCGGCCCCGGCCUCCGGACCUUCGGACAGUGGCGGCCCCCAGCCUUGGACCCAUCCUCCGGGAACAGCCAAGGAGCCACAGGAGAAGGAAGAUACAGAUGGGGAGCGAGCUGACUCCACCUAUGGCUCCUCGUCGCUCACGGAGCCACUGCCCUUGUUGGGAGGCACGGAGACCGAGGACCCAGCCCCACGCUCUCCGCUCCCCGCAGCGGGAGCGCUGAGCCCUCAGCAGCUGGAAGCACUCACUUACAUCUCGGAGGAUGGAGACACGCUGGUCCACUUGGCGGUGAUUCACGAGGCCCCAGCCGUGCUGCUCUGUUGCCUGGCUUUGCUGCCCCAGGAGGUCCUGGACAUUCAGAACAACCUUUACCAGACAGCACUCCAUCUGGCUGUACAUCUGGACCAGCCGGGUGCAGUUCGGGCCCUGGUGCUGAAGGGGGCCAGUCGGGUGCUACAGGAUAGACACGGUGACACGGCCCUGCAUGUGGCCUGCCAGCGCCAGCACUUGGCCUGUGCCCGCUGCCUGCUGGAGGGGCGGCCAGAGCCAGGCCGAGGACCACCUCACUCCCUGGACCUCCAGCUGCAAAACUGGCAAGGUCUGGCCUGCCUCCACAUCGCCACCCUGCAGAGGAACCGGCCGCUCAUGGAACUGCUGCUGCAGAACGGAGCUGACAUUGACACACAGGAGGGCACCAGUGGGAAAACAGCCCUGCACCUGGCUGUGGAGACCCAGGAGCGGGGUCUGGUGCAGUUCCUGCUCCAGGCUGGCGCACGGGUAGACGCCCGCAUGCUCAACGGGUGCACACCCCUGCACCUUGCGGCAGGUCGGGGCCUCAGCAGCAUCUCAUCCACUCUGUGCGAGGCAGGUGCCGACUCCCUGCUGCGGAACGUGGAAGACGAGACUCCCCAGGACCUGGCUGAGGACCCCUUGGCUCUUUUGCCCUUUGAUGACCUGAAGAUCUCUGGGAAGCCACUGCUGUGUGCCGACUGAAGCCAGGGCAGAGUCUGGGGCCCCGGAGACUCCCACCUCUUCACAUCCGGAAGCCGGAGCUACAGCUGCUGAAGUCUGGGCCCUGACAAUGUGCCCUUCUGGUGUCCUGGGGACUGCUGAGGCCACAGCCUGGGGCCAGUACGGUCCUGAGCAGAGAGGAGGGAUCACAAGUGAGAGAAGGCAAGUCUGGAAGGAAGACUUUCCCAGGUGGAUGGAGAUUCUUGAAGACUCCCAAAGCCCCAGGUAUCCUGGGCAAAGCCUGUUUGCCUCUAGAAGACGGCAGGGGCUCUUGUUUCUACCCACGUUGGGUCAGCCUGAAACUGCCAAUCAGUAGGAAGACAUGGACUCUCCUGAGUGAGGAGAGAAACUGAAAUCAGCAAGCAGGACCCUGAGGGGUUCCAUCCCACUGCUGUUGAGGAUUCUUAAAAACACUGUUGUUUAAAGACUUCACACAGAAGGCCCUGAACUGACCCUCUGGGGAAGGGGAAGUUUCAAUAACAUGACACUAAAACAGCAGAGACCUUUAUAAAGAUCCCCCCCUACA